AUGGUGAGAGGGAAGAUGGAGAUGAAGCGUAUAGAGAACGCGACGAACAGGCAGGUGACAUUCUCAAAGAGGCGAAAUGGACUGUUAAAGAAGGCCUUUGAGCUCUCAGUUCUGUGUGAUGCUGAGGUUGGUCUCAUCAUCUUCUCCCCCAGAGGCAAGCUGUACGAAUUUUCAAGCUCCAGCUUGCAAGAGACAAUUGAACGGUAUCGUAGUUAUACGAGAGAUGCUCAGACAGCCACCAGAUACAUGGAACAAAGCAUGCAGCUUUUAAAGGAAGAAACAGAAAUUAUGAUGGAGAAGGUUCAACUUCUUGAAGUUUCAAAACGGAAAUUCUCGGGAGAAGAGCUAGGCUCAUGCUCGCUUCAAGAACUAGAAGAGAUACAACUGCAGUUGCAAAAGAGUGUAAGCAACGUUCGAGAAACAAAGGUUCGGACUUUUUUAGAACAAAUGGAGCGACUAAGAGAAAAUGAACGAACUCUUACAGCAGAAAACGCAAGGCUCUGUGAAAAGUAUGGUAUCGAGCUGUAUCAUCAGACAACAACAGAGAAUAAAAGCGAAAAUCCAACCUUCUCAGAAAAUAUUCCAACUUUAGAUGUGGAAACUAACUUGUUCAUUGGACUCCCAGAAUCAAGAACAACAUGCAUUCCUCAUAACACUCCUGAGGUCUAAUUGAUGCAAUCAUGUGCUAUCUUCAGCAAUGUGUGUGUGUGUGUGUUAAGAUGCUUACUAUGAA